CAAUCAAACAGGCCAUAUUGCAACAUUUUACACUUGUCUGGGUGCCAAUUCAAAGACAGAGAUAAACAGUUUGAAAUCAGACAAUAUUGCAGAAUGGAAUUCGGAGAAUGAAUCCAAACACGGAUGGGUUGAUACCAAAUGACAAGGAAAGAAUGCCCUCCAGGGUAAAGCGAAAAAAAACCCCGUUUUUUUAUAUCGAUUAACUGCACCAAAGGCUGAUUUGACAGAACGUACGAAAUUUGACCCUUGACAAGCAAGGAUUUAUUAUUAUCCUAUGUUGAAUUGCAUUGUGUGUACUGUACGUGUCUUUUAUCAACUUUAAAUGUCCAUAUCGCGUUCAGCGUUUUUCCCCCUCGGAAUUUCAAACUCAAAUACAAGACCUUUUUAAUCUGGGUUAACUGGCGCUGUUUAGUAAAAAAAUAAAUAAAUAAAUAAAAUCCUGACUAUUUGAGGACGUAAUCGGAAAAUUAGUAAAACACAAUAGCCUGUUUUACGGUUUCUGAUUCAGUAUUGGCAGCAGCGCUCUGGGUACUGUUACAAAACAGUGACAUCUUCUGGUCAAUACGACUACUACUAAUCCAAAAAAAAAACACUACAACAACUAUUGUACUACUACGACUAGCCUAUUACUGAAACAACCAUUGAUAUUUAAACAUGACCAACCACAACUUUGUCCAUUUACUAAUAUCUCAGUUUGGUACGCAACAUUACCACACAAAAAAAUCUAGUUCUUAUACUGUAUGUGAUUUUUUUAAAGCAGUUCCUAAUGGAAAUUGGGCCUGUGUCUUUAAGAAUAUGUUCCAAGUUGCCUUUAGGCCAAAGUACGCCUGCAGGUAUUACUGUACCGUUUAUGCGAAUUCGCUCAGUAUGCGCACUCCACUAUGCACAAGUACCACGUUAUCGAUUCGAAUCGCAUGUAAAUUCUAACGAGUUUCAUAUCUAAUCCAGGCCACGCGUUACAACCCCGGUCCACCUGUAACGAGAAAUUCGAUUUGAUGAAAGGAAGCAAAGCGCAAGAUAGGAGACAGCGGUGCGGUUAAUGAACACAUUCGUCAGUCAGUGCCGGGGUGAGUGCGCAGUGCCUCAACAGUUGCAUUAAAAAAUUCUGAAACUGAGUGCUUUUAUUGUGAGAGAGGUGCUGUGCGGGAUUAGACAUGAUCGGGAUGCUGAGCAGGAGCAUACGAGCCGGUGCUACGCAAAAACAGAGUCUCUGCGCUCUAAACCGGACUACAUGGAGAAACAAAAAGCUCGUCCGCGGAUACGCUGCCCCACCGGCAACUUUGCACUUACAUGAAGACUGUUUGGAACUCCACUACAGAGGAAGUCGGAUGCAUUUGGACUACGUCUGGUUGAGGGAUCACUGCCGCUCUGACACGUCGUUCAACUUCAAAACAAACCAGAGAAAUUUGGACACCGGAAGUAUUGACCUCAACAUUCGCCCCGAUCACAGCACAGUGGAAGAUGACCACCUCAUCCUUACUUGGCCCGGUGGUCAUACAUCCAAGUACAGCCUUUGCUGGCUAGCUGAGAACAGUUAUGAGGGGAAGAAGCAGAGCACCAUACAGCCGCGCAUUCUUUGGAACGCAGACAUCUACAAUGACUCCCACGUUGCCUCCUCCAAGUGGGACACAUUCAUGAGCAGCGAUGAUGAAUUGAAGACGUUUCUGCAGAACUAUCUUCUCUAUGGGAUCGCUUUCGUAGACGAUGUCCCUGCUACAGUUGAAGCCACGGAAGCCGUGACUCAGAGAGUUAGUUUAAUCAGGGAGACGACAUAUGGAAGAAUGUGGUGCUUCACUUCAGAUUUUUCCAGGGGAGACACUGCCUACAGCCAGCUGGGUCUUGACCGCCACACUGACACAACUUACUUUCAUGAACCAUGUGGAAUUCAGGUUUUUCACUGUCUAAAGCACGAGGGUACUGGAGGAAGGAAUCUGCUUGUUGAUGGUUUCUAUGCAGCUGAAACCAUUCGUCAGCAAUCACCAGAACAUUUUGAACUGCUUUCGCAUGUUCCAAUCAGACACGAAUUUGUCGAAAGCGAUGACGGCCACCAUACCCACAUGAUAGGCGUUGGCCCCAUUCUCAAUAUCUAUCCUUGGAAUAAUGAAGUUUACUUGAUUCGAUACAACAACUAUGACCGAUCCGUGAUAAACACGAUACCUCACAACGUUGUUCGCCGCUGGUAUGUGGCUCAUCGACAGUUGACCAUGGAACUGAGGCGACCGGAAAAUGAGCUGUGGAUCAAACUCACUCCAGGAAAAGUGAUUUUUAUUGACAACUGGCGGGUCAUGCAUGGCAGGGAGGCUUUCACCGGCGUAAGGCAACUCUGUGGAUGCUAUCUGAGCAGAGAUGACGUUCUAAGCAAGGCACGGGGGUUCGGGCUUCAGGCAUGAAGCCAGUCUAAGAGAGCCCCUUAAGCACUUUUCAUCUCGCGAAAAGCUUCCAGGCAUUAAUUGAUCUGUUAAGUAAAAUCAUUAAUUACACUGCUUUGUAAUUUAUAUCGAUGAAUUAAAUAGACAGUUGCGACAUGAAACCUACACAGGCCAGUGCGGGGUAAUCCUCCAUGACAACCACGUUAAUAAUUUCUAUUUUUGUGAAAACAGACUUUUUGAUACUUACAUAUACAUACACACGAAUCUAACGGAGUGUCCUUUGUAUGUUUGAAGUGUUGAGGGCAAACAGUUUCAAUUGGGGACAUUUGCAUGCAGAAGCACAAAGAUGCAGUCACAGCGCGACUCUUAUUCCUUCAUUGGCUUUGAAGAGACUGCUGUAAUCGUAACCAUAGAAACAGCUGAGCAUACCGAGGCCCGCUUUGUUGUCCUGGUAAUUCAGUGAAUGAGAGCAGUCUGUCAUCAGGCCGUGCAAGGUGGCCAUUUUGAUCAAUAAGUGCAUGUGAUGAUGUCGCCUUUAGGGGAAAAGGUAUUGGAAGGGGGCGGCCCGGUAGUCCAGUGGUUAGCACGUCGGCUUCACAGUGCAGAGGUAACGGGUUCGAUUCCAGCUCCGGCCUCCCUGUGUGGAGUUUGCAUGUUCUCCCCGGGCCUGCGUGGGUUUUCUCUGGGUGCUCCGGUUUCCUCCCACAUUCCAAAAACAUGCAUGACAGGCUCAUUGGACGCUCUAAAUUGUCCCUAGGUGUGAGUGUGAGUGCGAAUGGCUGUUCGUUUCUGUGUGCCCUGCGAUUGGCUGGCAACUGAUCCAGGGUGUCCCCCGCCUACUGCCCGAAGACGGCUGGGAUAGGCUCCAGCACCCCCCGCCACCCUAGUGAGGAUUAAGCGGUUCAGAAAAUGGAUGGAUGGAUGGGGUAUUGGAAGGAAUUCAGAAUUUCAAAAGAUUUCACACGCAAUAAUUGAGACGACUGUGUAGAAGGGUAAUUGACUACAAAUGUAAAUAUUCAACUCGGAUUUCAAACAGGCUGAGCAAUGCGUUACCUAUUGCAUCAGAACAGAAACGGUAGUUAAAAUAUAACAAAAGAGAGUGGGAGCAGCUGCAACAGCAAUGUCCGGAAUUGUCUCACCUGAUGUGAGAUGCAUCUUAUGUGAUUGUUUUUUUUUUUUGGGGGGUGGGGGGGUUAGCACAAUCGUUUUUGUAUGUUUUGAAUGGCUCCCUACAAGAGUUGUUGGUACUAUAUUGAUAUUCAAUAAUAAACAUAAAAUUCAUCCAAAUAUAA